AUGGUAGAACUUGAGGACGAUGGUUGCUACUACGACAAUGUGGACGGGCUGGGCUCCCAGCAGCGGUUUCAGCGCGUCCUGUACCCUCCACGACUUAUGGUAGACUUUAAAAGCUUAGGUGUGGAAGCUCUGAAGCGCUACCGUAAGUUUUACCACCUUAAGAUGAACGAAAAUUUGGAAAAGGAAGAUCUGGCAGCUCUAGUGGCACGCCAUUUCGACAUGUCGCUGGAGGUGGAGGAGGACGACUCCAUCGUCGCCUUCAUGCAGCGUUUGCGCAAUGGCGAGCGAACGGCAGUCAAGCGCUCGACUGCGCGUGAGAAAGAGUGCAAGGCUCAGGCAGCGGCCGAAAAGGCCAAACGAAAAUCCACUAGUCGCAAGCGCCAGCGUGACCACUCAGUGUCUGUUCCAUCGGGGCGCAAUGUCAGCAACAAUUCGAGUCACAACACGAGCAACGGCAACGCCGGAAACUCACAUGGAAUCGGUAACAACCACUCGAGGGGAGCGAGUAACAGCCACAACAGCCGCAAUCACGGCAAUGAAGGGCGCAAGGCGCCGUCAAGCAGCUCGAAACACUCGAACGCGUCGGGCAGCAAGACUAAGAAGACCAAGAAGGACGCAGACACGGGCGAAGACAAUGAGCUCUACUGUAUUUGCAACCUCCCGAGUUACGGCAAUAUGAUCGCAUGUGACGGAAAGUCGUGCCCGAAUCCAUCGCAGUGGUACCAUCUCGAGUGCGUCGGCCUAGCUGACGGCCGCCACCCGGACACGUGGUUGUGCCCCGAGUGCGACCCCAAGGGCUUUACAGGUGGCUCUUCUAACAGCCAAAAGAAGAAGAAAAACAAGCGCUCCAAGUCUCCUGGCAACAAGUAA